AUGGCCAAGGAAAAGAAGGAGAAGAAGGAGAAGAAGGAGAAGAAAGAGAAGCGCAAGGAGCCGGAGGAAUCGCCCGAGAAGGCGGACGACGCCGACGACGAGAAGAAGUCCGCGAAGAAGGCGAAGAAGGAGAAGAAGGAGAAGAAGGAGAAGGUGCGACCGACGCCCUCCCUCGACCACGAAUCUCGGCGCGCCGCGCGGUCCGCGUCGAGAUUCGCCGCGCGCUCGCGACGUUCUCGUCGCCGACCGCGCGUCUCGGAAUCGAUGAAUCCAUGUAAUCGAGGAUCGCCACACUGGCAGCCGCCGCCAGCCAGCCGCCUUUGUCGCGUCGCGCGCGGGGACCGCGCGUCCCCGCGCGCGAACGUCGCGCGCUCGAUCGCCGGUUUCGAUCCUCACGGGUCGUCGCGCAUCGUCGCGACGCGUCGCCGUCGGCGCCGGCGCGUCAUCGCGACGGAACGCGCGCGCGUCGCCCCGCCCCGAUCCCCCCGUCGUCCGUCGCGAUUCGUCGAUUCGAGUCGAGCGACGCGGCGUUCUGACGAUCCGAUCCUUUUUCCUCCUCCCCCUCCCUCUCCCCGUCUCUCUUCGCCGCAGGCCCCCUCCCCCGAACCCGAGGCCGGCGGCGGCUCCGACGACGACGACGACGACGGAUUCAAGGUCCACACAAAGUCCGCCGCGGACGCGGGGAACCCGCUCGCGAAGGAGUACGAGGACAUCACGCUCAACUGCCGCGACUGCAACGCGGAGUUCGCCUUCAGCGCGGGCGAGCAAGAGUUUUACCAGAGCAAAGGCUGGGAGAACCAGCCGACGCGGUGCACGGAGUGCAAGAACGCGAAGAAGGCGCGGUUCGGCGAGGGCCCGUCCGCCGGGCCGGUGUGCUACGCGUUCCAGAAGGGCGAGUGCACGCGAGGCGACUCCUGCAGGUUCUCGCACGGCGACGCCGGCGGCGGCGGCGGCGGCGGCGGGUCGUGGGGCGGCGGCGGCGGCGGCGGCGCGCCCUGCUACGCCUUCCAGAAGGGCGAGUGCACCAGAGGCGACUCUUGCAGGUUCUCGCACGAUCCGAACGCGCAAACGCCGCAGAGAUCGUCCGCGCCGUGCUACGCCUUCCAGAAGGGCGAGUGCUCCCGCGGCGACGCGUGCAGAUUUUCUCACGAUCCGAACGCGGUCUCCGGCGGCGGUUUCAAGGCGUCCGGGACGUGCUACGCGUUCCAGAAGGGCGAGUGCACGCGGGGCGACGCGUGCCGGUUCUCGCAUGAGUGA